UACCAGCAACACAGCGGGUUUCAUCUUCAAACUAUACUGAGUCAAAUCUUCUUGGACAACUCAAACCACCUGGACUUAAACAGGAAAUGGAUACCCAUGUAAAACGAGGAGAGGUUCACUUACAACACCAGAAAUAUUCUGAGAAAUGGAAACGGUACUGGCUAAACCUUUACCCAAACAGCCGGAAUGGUGUGGCUCGAUUGGAGCUCACAGAAACAGGCCCAGAACGAUCGCCAGUUAUUGUCCGGAAGCAGCCAGACCGCAAGAUUAUAAGGCUAGCUUACUGUAUUAGUGUUGUUCGACUCCCCCCACAUGCAGAGGCCCUGCCUGGGGACAAUAUGGCAGCCUUUUGUGUAGAUACAGAUGAAAAGAGGCUGGUGUUUGCUGUAGAGAAAGAGGGCUGUGGAGAGUGGAUGGAAAAGAUCUGUGAAAUUGCCUUUCAGAAGAACAGUAAUAAUGUGCCACAGCCCAUGCUACAGAUGGAAGAGAAUGAAAUCUAUGCUUCCAGAGAAGAAGUGUUUGAUUUUCCGGUGACUGUACAGCAGUCUGAGGCAUCAGUGCGCUGUAGUCUGCAGGGAGCAUAUUGGUUACAGGUUGGUGAGGACAUGCUCAUGCUAAAGGACACUGACAGCAAGCAGAGAGUGAUGGCAUGGCCCUACAAGCUACUGCGCCGCUAUGGGCGAGACAAGGUGACUUUCUCGAUUGAGGCAGGCAGACGCUGUGAUUCUGGCCCUGGUGCCUUCAUAUUUGACACCAAGCAAGGUGAUGAGAUACUGAGUCUCAUGGAACUUGCCAUCCAGCAGCAGAAGAGUCUGGUUGUCACUGGAGGUAGCUCUGGUGUUAUCUCACCUUGCUCCUCAUUGCCUAAGCGACCAAGCAGUGGCAACCAGCUGGACAUUCAAAUCAACACCAGUUCUGACUUUGGCUUUAGUCCUGCACACUCAAGUUCUGUAUGUCCAAUAGGAUCAGUUGAAUCAGAUUGCAUCAAACUUGUUACUGGCUCUUUCCAAACAACACCGAGGCAACUCGGUGAAUCUAUUUCUGUGCCUGAAAUUGUUUACUCAAAUCCUGUUGAUGCUGUUGAGUUAGACAAGUGUAUGCACACACAAUCAGUCAGGUCACUGAUUGAGAAAAACAGUAAUCUUGCUUGUUGCUAUACUGAGAACUUAGAACCAGUGUAUUCAGAUCCUGUUGAUGUUAUCCAGCCUAAAAUUAGUCCCCAAAAAUAUGUCUCUGCUAAUCUAACGAAAUCAACAGAAACACUUCAUGAUGUCAGUGACAGUCAGUCAGAACCAGUGUAUGCAGAGAUAUGUAAUGUCACACCAUACCCAUCGCAGCAAAAGGGAAGUGUGGUUCAGAAUGAGGAAGAACGUAUCUACAGUUUACCAGUGGUCUGUUCAGUUCACAAAGCACAGGAGGGCAUUCCUACCAAAGAUGCAAACAACAGUAAGCAGAACAUGAAAAGCAACGUUACGGAGGAAGUCAUUUACAGUCAAGUCAACAAACCAAAGAAAUCCACAAAGCCUCAUGACAAGUGCAACAUUUACAAAGCAAAAGAGAUAAUGUCUGAAGACCUCGGACUGAUUUAAAAGUGCAAUGGCAUUUCAUAUGAGUUCCUAUAUUGCUACACUUAAAGUGGAACAUACAAAUCAGUGUAUAAGUUGUUAAUAUAAUUUAUUACAAUAAGAGCAUUAUGUCUCUAUUCUUUUUAUAUAUUUGCAUUUUCUUACUCUUUGCUGCUGUAACAGUGAAAUUUCCCCAUUGUGGGACGAAUAAAGGUAUAUCUUAUCUUAU